CUCGGCCGGGUCUCGGGAUGAGUGGGAUGGACGGCCCGGACACUUAAUCCGAAAGAGAGCCCGGCUCAAGCCGGCUCCACGUGAGACCGAGAGCUGAGGUAGAGAAAGCCGGAGCUUGGGAGAGACAGACAGACAGAGAGAAAGAAGAGAGGAGGGGGAGGGGGCGAGAGGGGCCCCAGAGGAGCCAGGAAAGUCCCGACGCUCGCUAUAAAAGGGGCCGCCCCCCGGCCACCUUCCAUCCGGCUCCCACCUGCGCUCCCGCUCCCGGCCCGGCUCGCUCGUUCCCUCUCCGCUCUCGUCAUGGGCCCACGUCGCGACGCUCAGCUCCGAUAUACCUUCCUCAUUGCCAUACUUAUUGGCCUUAGCCAAGUCAACUGGGUCAAGAGCAUUCCUGUGAUCCAGUCUGAACCCAGCAUGCACCAGUAUCUCAGAGGCUCCAAGAACCUACUGGGGACCGUCACUGAGACUCUUCAGCAGGCAAGACAAAAACUUGAACUUUACUCUUGUUCCUUGGAAGAGAUCGAUCAUGAAGAUAUCACCGAAAGCAACACAGGCAGGGUCUGCUUACCCCCAGAAUUGAUCAAGAAUGGAAGUUGCCUGGAUUCCAAAGAGAAACUUUCCGUUAAGUUGUGUCUUAAGAGCAUCUAUAAGGAUCUGGAGACUUAUAAGACUGAGUUUAAAGUGGUCGAGGAAACUCUUGCAAAGGACCCUACAAGGCAGAUUUCUCUGGAUCAAAAUAUGUUGGCUGCUAUUGAUGAGAUGAUGCAGGCCCUGAAUUUCAGUAGUGAAAACAUGACAGUGACCCCUUCACCCAAAGAACCUGACUUCUACAAGGCUAAAGUCAAGCUCUGCCUCCUCCUUCAUGCUUUUAGAAUCCGGGUUGUGACCAUCGAUAGAAUGAGGAACUACCUGUGCUUCCUAAAGGACUCAUCACCCAGUGGCUUCAGGUCUUUGGGAUAAGCAGAGAUCCUGAAGAUCAUCAUCACCAUCAUGGGAAUUCCUGUGAAAUUUCCAUGAGAUAUUACCCAAUAGCAGUUUUUAUUGGGAAUGAUUUGGGGAAUUAGGGAAAGGGGAGGAUCAGCUGGGUUCCAUAUCAUUUUGCUUAAAUUAUUCUAUUUAUAUUGCCUUUGUUUACAUUCUCCAUAGCACAGUCCAUGAAAGAUAUGGUCAAUACGAACCAUUCAUUUGAUCAGUAUAUCACUAACUUUACAAUGGAUGGAAUCAUCUUGAUUUUCUUGACCAAAUGAAUGUUCUGACUAAACAUCUUCCUCUUUCACUUUGAUAGGGAAAACAAGUAUUUAUAAGCUAUUUCUGUACCUAAAUGUCUGAAACGUGGAAGACUUGAAUGUAUUCAGAAAUAUUUAUUCAGGAAUAUUUAUUCAGAAAUAUUUAUUUAUGCCUUUUAAAGUU